AUGCCCGGCGACGAUGGUUCCUCUCUUACAGAACCCCAGGUGGUCGAAGCCGUUCCUACGAAGGAUGAUGCCCCUCCUGCCAAAGAGGAGUUGACCACAUUACAAGUGUAUACGAAAAACUUACCUCUUAUCUGUAAACUAGGUGCUGGUUUCUUCGCUGAUGCUUACGACAUGUUCGUUAUUGACAUAGUCUUGGCUAUUCUCAGCGAGAUGCAAGAGGAAGAUCCUACUGGACUAGGCAUGGACGCCAGUACCAAAGGUCUGGUGGCCUCGGCGACUUCUAUCGGUGCGGUUGCUGGUAUGCUUUUCUUCGGAGUUGUUGGUGACCAAGUUGGUCGCAGGAUUGGUAUCUUAUGUACUGGUGCGUUCGUGGCACUAGGUGCUGUUUGCUCAGCGUGUAUUCAACGGUCUACGACGUUCUCUUUGGCGCAUCAACUCUUUGUGUGUCGUCUCGUGUUGGGCUUCGGAAUCGGCGGUGAGUAUCCUCUAUCUGCAGCUAUGGCAUCGGAGCGCUCCGAUAACGCUACUCGCGGGCGCAUCACAACUGGUGUUUUUUCGAUGCAAGGACUUGGUAUGAUAUUCGCUGCCGUUCUGCCUCUCAUUUUACUCUACGCCGUUGCCCUAUGGAGAUCUGUUGGCNNNNAUAAGACUAUGAUUAUUGGGACUCCUUGUUUUAGUGUUUAUACCAGUCCUUGCAUUUCUCUCUUUGUCCAGCAGUAGCUGUGAUGACUGAGUAUAUCCAUUCGUUGUGGUAUUAUGAAUGAAGUAUGUCUAAUGGUUCUCUUCUUCUUGAGCAUCAAGUUCUGUCCAUAAUAUUCGUCUUAAUGUCUUUGAGCGAAGGAAGCAUCUGAUGAUUGAGCUUUAGUAUUUGGAUAAGCCACUCUUUCUGAGCGUAUCUAAUAUAACGUAUCACCAGUCAAUGGUUCGGUGACACGCAGUUUACAUCUGAACUUGAGACUCCUGCUAUCUAGUUGUGGUCGUUUUCCAUUGGCGAAUUAUGAGCCCAUUCUUGGAUGAGCCUGUUGUUCCUUCGGAAAGCGGUCGCUUUCGUUUUACAUUCGGUUCCCGAGUGUCGUUCUUACCGUUUUUGUUGGUCAACUGCUUUAGUUGUCCUCUAGUUCCUCCUUCCUGGGUGUCACCGUACCAUGCAGGGUGAUACGGACGUGCUCUUGUCGUCUAGUGAAAAGUAUGUCACGCCCUGGCUGUUGAUGCCCUCGGCGUUGCUUUCGUGACCGUUGCCCUUUGCUGUCUGAUAUCUGUGUCCGGAAUGGGAAUGAGACCUUUCCGUUUACACCACUGCUAGAGCCUAUAGGCUUCUAAUACAACUUAGAUAGUGCUGUAAGAAAACGAUGUCUGGGCGACCUACACGAUGGGCCGCAGGUUUCGUUUUCGUUCAAGCACAAAAGAAAAAUUGUCUACUAGCAAGCGUUCCUAGCGAUUGUUACGUUUCUUAUGAUCUGUUGGUGAACCGAUAGGUUACCGUGUUACAAGUUGCUAUAUCG